ACGCGUCCUCGAUGCAUCAGAUCUGGAGUCGCCCUGAUUCAUAAUCAACACAAUCUUCAUCCAUAAAUGCAUAAUGUCAUUGACAAUUUGUUGGCAUUAUAACUUAUAUUAUAAGACCAGCGUGGAAAGGAGUAGUUUUCACUUGUUCACUUCUUCAUACUUGAGAGAUGAAAGUCAUUCAAUAGUUAUAUCCAUGGACGACGAUCUCGAAUGUGAUUCGACCGUGCGCCGGACUCUGAAACCAAUUUGCACCACAUCAGAUGAAGCGAAGGUUGGUCAUUUUGUGAGGUCGCUAAUUCAACGAAUUGCAGCGCUCUCGGCCACUUCAGCCACAAGCAAUCAGAUCACUGCUGACCAAAAACGAACGUUGCCAGUAGCCUGUGCUGAAAAGCUUGUCCAGUUGCUGAAGGAACACGCCACUGACACAUGUGUAACAGCAUUCAAGGUUUGCAGUCUCUCAGACUGCCUUCGCAGGGAUGCUGUGGGUGAUUGUGUUUGGCAUGGUGGGAUCAAAUGCCAGUAUACUGACACGGAUAGACGUAGAGGCCACCGUCCAUGGUUGUUGCUGGCCUGGCUAACACCUAGUCCUCAUCAAGCGGACCUGUUCAGUCACACACCUGGCAGCUUGUUUCUGCAUGAUGACACCACCUCCGUGCUGUGCGAGGUCACGGACUGUCGUCUUGACUGGGUGGACAAUCUGGUCAUUGUGCCCUCGUGGAACUUUGCCUCGUUCAGAAGGAUGCCUUCGGUGACGAAAACCGAUUCGGGUGAUUUUGACAUUGUGUCCGGUGGCUACUUCGAGUUAACCUCGCCACUGUCUCCUUGUUUGGCCAGAGAACCGCCGUGCAUUGAUACGAUGGCAGCUAUGAGUGUGGAGGAGCUCAGCAUUGCAGCUGCAAAUUGUAGAAACGGCAAGACAGAGUACUGUGUACGUGGGAAAGUCGGAUCACUCAGCCCAGUCUACCGCAACUCUUUCAAGCCUCCGUUUUUCCUUAUCGAGUUGUGCGAUGCCAGUGGAGAAUCCGUCACGGUGGUCAUAUGGAGUCCAGAGCAUCUGCACUGGGUGUACUUGAUCAAUGUGCAUGAUGAGAUUGCUAUCUCCUCUCUCUUACAUUCUGAACGCCGAGGGACCGGUGACAAGGCGCUUAGGUCACGUAAGACCUCCAAGCUGGCAACGUCAGCAGCGCGCCAUCGUCCUAUCAUGUCACCUACGUGCUCGUCCACUCCUUGUUUGCCUACCGCCUCCCCACGUCGAGAACAUCCAGUUUGUCUGGAAUCAUCGGUCGGACCAGUCACUCGCGCCCGGCGAAAACGCAUGUCGGAAACAAGCGAAGACUCAACUUCAAGUCCUGUUUCACCAAGAGCAAAGCGGCGUAAAAUUGGUACUGAAAGCCCUUGCAAACAGGCGAUACAUGACCCAAGUAAUUCACCGAAGCAAUCGAUCUCUACUCCUGUCUGUAGGACAACGUCGAAAUCCAGAGCUUCAUCAUCCUCCACACCUAAGUCUUCUGAUGGUGUGGCGAGCAAGACUCCUCUCUCCAGAAUCAGCAAAGGAUCUACUGGAGACGUGAGUAUGGGUGGCUGGACCAUGGAUACCGCUCAGUUGAUGGAACUUAGCCAGGUCAUGCUGGAAGCGGAACACCUCUGCAGUCCUCAUUCACAAACCAGAAGCAAGUCUGUGGCAACCGGCACGACAACUACAGUGGAGUCAACACCUAGCAAAACUAAACCAGCCGUUCUCGAUUCUCCACUUGUUGGCGUUCAAGCGUUAUCCAAGUAUCCAUACAGCUCAACACCCGCUAGACAAACAGAUCUACCAUCGUCCAUUGCUGGCCAAUCUCCCAUCCGGAAACCAAGCCCAUUAUCAUCCGGGGAGCAGUCAUCGUCACCAAGUCCUGCCAAGCAACGUACGUACAGCCUGCCCAGCUCUUGUGAACCAUUUCAACUGGUUAGCUAUGAGGGUGUUAUUUCAUCGUGUGAGAAUGCGUCCGCCGGUAUAUUCAUACUGGACGGGAGAAUACGUCUUGAGCGCGCCCACCAGAGCUGCUGUCAGUGGUGUCGAGGCUGGCGGGUCGGUGCACGUGCUCACUUGGACAAUGUACACAUGCUGCACACUCAGUCUGAGUCGUUUGGUCAGCUAGUCACGCUGUCCUGUUGCUCUAUCAGCACGGUGCGCAUCGUCUCCUUUGCUCUCACACCGUUCAAAACCCCGCCGUUCUAUGCUGAUUCAAGCUCAGUAGCACUCUAUGCGCUGCGCUUGAAUUGUCAACAAUACUCGCAAUAUAUAGAACUCACUGAAUCAUUGCUGAAGAAGUUCUGUCCGUCUGUAUUGAAGCGAGAUCAAGUGAUCGGCGCUAUCAUGUCCUCCAAUGAUGGUAAUGCUGCGAGACGCAGAGGUGUAGCGGAUGCUGUGGUGAGGACGUUAUGGUCGUUCGAUAUCAAUUCUCAUCCGCCGCAGCAGGAGCAAGCCAUUCCGUCGUCGUCGUCCCUCUCCGAGGCAUCCGAGGUGACUACGACGGGGAAUGCGGCCGCGGGCUUUAAGAAACGUGACGCCAUGGCAGAGUUCACCAGUCUGCCGCACGCAUGCGGUGUGAGAGGCCGCGCUUUCCCGGAUAUGCGAGUGCCGUCCAUCAAAAACCUUGUACAACAGGUGCGCGAGCAUGUGUACCGGAAAGACGAAUGGCUGGGUGCUGACGGGAAGUUUACUGCACCGUCGUCUGACUGGCAACAACAGCGGCAGCAGCAGCGUGCAGUGCAGUGGCGGUACUCUGUCGUGCAGUUGGACGAGGACAUCUUCCCAUUGCAGACACUGGUCGGCAUUCUACAAGUGUCGCUUCACUCCGGGCGUCUCCAGCUGCACGAUCGUAGUGGUCAUAUUGACGUUGUCGUUACUGAUGUUCACAGCAAUGAUCCCAAUCUCACCAAUGGAUCACAGUGUUGGAUACACAAACAGAAACAAGCCCAGCCACGCAACCCAUCGUCUCAAUCAUCGACCACUCAGUGUGCACCAGGCCGUUCACAUACUGGAGGCAAUCCAACACUAUCGUGUGGAGUUUGCCAACCUCACCUUGUCUUACCCGAGCAUAUAGACAAUGUGUGGUGUGUGCAGAAUGCAACGUUUGUACUCGAGGAAUUCACCGUAUCAGUUGGGGAAGAGGGUGCUGGGAAACCCCGCAAGACUGUCCUGAUGUAUGCUGUGUUUUCACUCGCCGACAUGGAGUGGCUUUAUAGCCUCAAAUCACGAAAGUCCGCCGCCUCUACUGGACAAGGCACUGGCUCAGAUUCUGUUUGUCCUUCACACCAAGUAUCCGCAUCGGCGCAAGGCAGCAAGCCUCAGACAAGCGCUGCAUCGUUCCUCGUGCGCCACAGCAAGCCUGCAUCACUUCAACUCGACAGGGGUGGUAUUGUCGGCUUGCAUGCAAUGGUCAACAUAGGCUGGCUGGACAGCACACCGCCUGCCGGUAGUAGUAGUAGUAGUAGUAGUAGUAGUAGUAGUAGUAGUAGUAGUGCCAAGAGAUCGUCUGUGUCCGCGUCACUAUCCGCACCCUCACUAUCCACACCCUUCAUGACAUUGAAUAGCAGUGGUAUCCACUGGUACCCAGUCUUGCACCCCGGCCUGACCUAUCGUAUUUGCACUACGGAGAGUGCAGGGCACUCCGUGAGGCUGGGCAAACAGCAGGCAACGACGCUCGACUCUGCCAGGCUGCACGUAACAACUGAAUUUCACCCUGCCCAGCGCCCGGUGGCGAAUGUAACACCAGCUGCCGGAGGUGACGGUGGUGAUGAACCAUCGACAAAACACCCUGUGUCACCCGUCCUGUCUAUACGUGAGAUGAUCCGUGUAAUGUCGGAAGAGCUUGAUCGACAGAGUGCUAACGCUGUGGAGAAAGUGUUGUCGUUCCGCGGCGUCGUCCAAUGUCGCGACAUCAACCUGUCGCGUAACAUCUCCGAUGGCAAUUUAGCCUCCCACGACGCACCACCGCUGCUGAGGCGAAACUCAUCGGCCACAGUGACGCUCAGCAAACCAUCUGAUCCCGCUGCCGGCAAGGAAACCGGGCUAGCGGCUUUGUGUCGCAAGUCCAGCGUGGCCGGUGGUGCGUCAGCCAAGGACGCAGACUCUAUGUACGCGCACGGCUGCGGCUGGAUCUAUAGUGACGUGGCGGCAUCUCAUGGCCUGUUGAAGUGCCUUCAGGAGCACUUUGCCGUACUGAGCAUGCGUGACCGUCAUCACCUGGACAGCGUUAAAGUAUUCCUGGUGCUAGACCGCAGUCCGUAUGUGCUAAGUUUGUUGCCGGGCGCAUGCGUCACCAUCAGACAUGCCUUGGUCAAGUGUGUUCGGUCCGGUGGCCUCAGUAUCCAAGUCAACAAAGGCCUGACGCGUAUGUAUAUCGAGUCCGUGUCUACGUCAGCGUAUUCCAACAGUGCCGGUGCUGCGGGCGGUGCGCGAUUGCCGUCCCUCGCGUCAGCGUCGUUCCUGCUGGCGCCGUCUUCGCAGUGCUACCUGCGCACGCUGGCCAAUGACUGGGCGCGAGGUAUGAGCACGUCUCUCGUCCACGCCCUGUCCUGUCAGAUCACGGCAGUACAGCAGGUCACGGUCGGCAUGCGCUGUGCCACGUGUCACGACUACCUGCGCGGCACCUGCCCGCACGAUGACGGCAAGCACACGGGCCACGAGCCGUACGCCGAGGCCAGAUUCGCGGUGGAUGAUGGUACGGCGGAGGCAAUGGUGUACGCACACGACGAGCGCGUUGCAGCACUGCUGCGUCUCACUAGCAAACGCUGGCACGACCUACUGCAGUCUACUGUUGAUAGCGGCGUGCUCUCGUACCAGAGAACAUCUUAUGCACCGACACAUGCCAGUGAUUUUGGGAAUGUUGCAAACAGCACGGAACUCGAUCAGAUAGUGGCGUCACCUGCCGUGUAUCGACGUGUGCUCCUCCAUUGCUCUAUGUUACGUAUCAAGAACCCCGGCAGAUUGCACGAAACCAGCUGUCGCUUUGGCCAGGCGUCGUUCAGCGUGACACACAACCCAAAGACGCUGCUGCGCACGGCACGUAUCGACGAGCAGGAUAGCCGCCAGUGUCUGGUCAGCCUGCUGCGACAGUUGGACUGAUGCAGUGCCAGGUCAGCCUGCUGCGACAGUUGGACUGAUGCAGUGCCAGGUCAGCCUGCUACGACAGUUGGACUGAUGCAGUGCCAGGUCAGCCUGCUACGACAGUUGGACUGAUGUGGGCGGUGAGUGGGCGGCAUGGCUGACAAGCAGUGCUGCUUGUAUGGUGAUCAUGAUGUCGCACAUGCCAGCGGCGCUGGUCUGUACUACAUGGUCUUGCUGAUGCUGUUGCUACUCUAGUGCAGACGCGGGAACAACUAGCACAUGGAUGUGCUUCAGUACUCUGCAUGCACCUAGGGAUGAAGACCGUUGCUGGCUUUGAAGCGAUUUUACGUUGCACACGCACGCACGCACGCACGUGUGCAGGCAGGCACACGUGUACGCACACAGUUUAGCAACACUUUCAGUCCAGCAGGUCUGGACUGAUUAUCGACUACAUUCUAGACUGUAGACUUCUGACUCUCUGACAUAUCACUGGAAUUCACAUUCAAAGCAGUCAAUUUUAUCCGUUGUGUUUAGGCAACCAUGCAGCAUAUGUUUUAAAGUUACAAGACUGUUUCCCUCUUUGUUCGCAAUAUUACUUUUGAAAUUUGUCUGAUUUGCUUCAACUUUCUGCCCCUGCUGUGUCAUUAGUUCUCCUGAUGUUUAUGUGACAUGCUUUCAGUAGUGUAGUCUCACACUUUUCUUGAGUUUAUAAUAUUAUAUUUGACUGUUUGGGCACCACUGCUUGGGUACCACUGCUUGGGUACCACUAGCUGCUGCCUGUCACAGGAGAGACCUUCGGUAAACCAGCCAAUGCCAGGCAGCUGGACAGCAGUGAUCCGUGCUAAUGCCGCUGAGUACUACCAAUACUGAAGAAGGCUGAAGGGACAUGCG